AUGGAGGCUUAUGUAACUUUAGUUGCAACAGACUCUUAUGCGGCAGGGGCAUUAACCCUAAGCCAUAGACUACGAGACUUGGGCUCAAACAAGGAAAUUGUCUGCCUUGUUACACCUAACAUAACAAGUCGUGUUCAGGAACUUUUGUCACAAGUUUGUACGGUCAUUCCGGUUGACACCAUAAGAUCAAGAGAUUUCGACAACUUGGAAUUGCUAGGCCGUCCCGAGUUAGACAUUACCUUUACCAAAAUUCACUUAUGGCGCUUAACUCAAUAUAGUAAAAUUGUAUAUUUGGAUGCAGACACUUAUCCCUUGAGGAAUAUAGAUGAACUGUUUGAUAGACCUUCCUUUUCUGCUGCACCAGAUGCUGGCUGGCCAGAUUGCUUUAAUUCAGGAGUGUUUGUGACAGAGCCUUCCGAGGCAACCUUCAAUGAUUUAUUGGAGCUAUCUACAGAAAAAGGAUCUUUUGAUGGCGGAGAUCAAGGACUUUUAAAUACCUACUUCAGUUCAUGGUCUAGUUCUCCAAAUCACAGAUUGCCUUUCACUUUCAAUACUACACCAACAUCCCAAUACGGGUAA